GCUUUUAUCAAUCGAUCAACAGAAAUAUUUACUUUGCUUCUUGUUAUUAAAUUACAAAUAAAUUAUUAAAUUACUAUAAACUCAAAGAUAACAAAUUUCGUUAUUUUGGAGCCGUGAUGCAUGUAUAUGAUUUAUGUCGGAUUUGCCUUACAGAGGACAUUAAUACAAGCACAAUGCAGCCUUUGUUUGAGCCCGACAAUGAUACCUGUGGAGAGAUUGUGCAGCGUAUAGAAGUAUGUGGUGGAAUAGUGUUAAAAGCGCAUGAAGAAUUUCCAAAAAUGAUUUGCACCCCAUGUCUGGAAAAGCUGAAUGUGUCUUAUAAAUUUCGAUCUAUGUGCCAAGCGAGUGAGCAUGCACUUCUUGAUGCUAUAGUCAAAUCCGAAAUGAAAGCGGAGCCGCUGGAUUACGAAGUCACACAAAUUGAAUCGAAGAAUGAAGUCGAUAAUGACGAUGAUAUGUUUUUCGACAUGCAUACUGAAUUUAUUGAUGCACAAGAAGUUCACCUAGAGGAUAUAACGGAAACUGUUGAAGAAGAGGUACUCGAAUCCGAUAUGGAACCAAACACAGAGAGCGCUGAGGAAUUUAUUGAAUAUACAGACAGUGAAUAUUUUGAUGAGGAAGUACCUAAACCUGAUAUGAAAAAACCUUUAGCAACAACAUUCUUAAAAAAAGAAACCACAACUAAUGAAAACUCUGUCCGUAAACGAGGCCGGCCAAAAUCAAAACAUGAGGGAAUGACUCUAAAAUCAGAAUUACCUAGCGGUAAGAAAUCCAACAGAGGUAGAAAGAAAAAAGACGACGCAGAUACCGCGAGUAUAAUGUGCGAAAUUUGCGGAAACAUAUACACGAAACGUAAUUUGUUAAAAAUGCAUAUGCGUCGACAUAUGGCUGAAAAGCCGUUCGAAUGCGAAAUCUGUGGUAAAACUUUUGCAUGUCCAUCGGAAAUUGGACGCCAUAUGCGUGUUCAUACGGGGGAAAAACCAUACGUAUGUAAAUACUGUGGUCGCACUUUUGCGGAUCGAAGCACCAAUAUAAAACACGAAAGAAUUCAUACCAAUGAGCGCCCAUUCACUUGUCAGACGUGCGGUAAAUCGUUUACCUACUCCAAUGUAUUGAAAAAUCAUAUGUUAACACACACCGGUGAAAAACCCUUUCCUUGCAUACCUUGCAAUAAGACAUUUUCACGUAAGCAUCAAUUGGAUCAACAUAUUGCAACAAUAACACAUCAACAAACAGUUAGAAAUCUUACGGCUCAACAUAUGCUCCAAGAGGAUCGCUCGAAUGAUCAUGUAACGAAUCAACAAUCAAUUCGAAGUGUCAGCACUUCAGUCGUUAAAGUGGAAAAAAUACCUGUUUCUACCAUAAUACAACGUCAACUCGGCAAAAAUAUUUCUGAUAUAAAAAUUACUCAUAUAAUUGGAAAUACCGGAAGAAAUAUCGGUGAAGUGGAUGAAGUAUCAACGGACGGUCACAGCACUGAUGUAUACAUUAAUGCAGAAUAAUUUCAAUUUUAUCACAUACAUAUGUAUAUAUACAUAUAUAUAUAUAUAUAUAUAUUUAAUUUGUAAUGCUAUAAAUGUAAGGAUGUAGUAUAUUAAUAAAAUAUGUAAAUUUGGAUUUAAAACUAAGCAGA